AUGACAAGUGGUUUAUCUUCAGCCACUCCUAACCGACAAACCGUACGUAUACAGCGUAAUUUACAAGAAUUAACCGAUAAUCCCUUACCAUUUGCUUACUCUUUGAACUUGACAACUGGCGAAGAUAAUAUCAAUCAGAUGACUGGCAUAUUGAUCGGUCCAGAUAAUACGCCAUAUGCUAGCGGUCAUUUUCGGUUUUUGAUUAGAUAUCCGCCUGAAUAUCCGUUUAAACCACCUGAGUUUUAUUUUACUACGCCUAUUUGUCAUCCUAAUAUUGAUUCAAAGACGGGUACGGCAUGUAAUGAUCAAUUGAAUGCGACAUGGGCACCUAGUAUAACACUUGGUAAAAUAUUAUUUGAAAUGCGUGCUUUACUAGAAAAACCGAAUUAUCAAGUACCCGUUGAAGGUGAUAAUUUAGAAGAGAAAAGCGAAGAGAAGGCUCGUUCAUUGACAAAAGAAUUCGCUCAACCCUCAAAUUUAUAA